CAAAGCUCUCGCGUUUGGAUAACAACCAGUCGCUGUUUGCGGGGGGCACGCAGAAUUUUCUUGCAGAUUCGUGGGUAGGUCAUUCAUAUUUCUGUACGUACUUCAAGGAGGCCGAGUACCUUGUCAGGAAAGAGAUUUACGCUUGCAAGGGCGCCUAUGAUGAGAGUCACGCAGAAUCAAAGCUUCAGCACGAACAAGAUAAAUCAAACUCCCUUCCCAUUCCUUCAGUUUCCAAGCGAGUUGUGCUUGGCGAUUCUGUCUGUAACGUGGCAGGCGCAGCUGACCACGCAGGCAGCAUGGUAGACCUCAAAGGGGAUAAGGACUUGUUCAGUAGAACCCCAGAGCUUGUCAGUGAGGGCACAGGUGAGCUCCGUCACCGUAAUAGAGCGGAACUGCCAUCUGAAGCUGCACCACGUCCACCUAGACAUGGAUUAGACCAGUACUUAUCCAGAUUUGAUGAAGCUCUGAAGCUGAGGAACCAGCUGAUGAAUGAGAAGCCAAGCCAAGAGAAUGGGAAUGCAGUGGAGGAGUUUGACUCUUUCCGCAUUUUUAGAUUGGUGGGAUGUGCUGUGCUUGCCAUCGCAGUCAGGGCUUUUGUGUGCAAGUACUUGUCAAUAUUUGCACCAUUUCUUACUCUGCAACUUGCUUACAUGGGACUGUCCAAGUACUUUCCAAAGUGUGAGAAGAAGGUGAAAACGACGGUACUAACGGCUGCGCUCUUGCUGUCUGGAAUCCCUGCGGAAGUGAUCAGUCGCUCCAUGGACACCUACAGCAAAAUGGGAGAUGUUUUCACAGACCUUUGUGUCUAUUUCUUUACUUUUAUCUUUUGCCAUGAACUUACUCUGUUUUUUGGCUCUGAAGUACCAUGAUGGCCGUAGAAUUCGACGCAGUAGUGAUACUAAAGCUUUCUGGACUGUAUUCCUUUAACGUCCGACUGUGCAGACAGGUUUAAACCUCCAUUAAAAUCCUUACCUGUUGGAAUGCUUGAAAGGAGUCUUAAAUCCAGUCGUUUUGGGAAAGGAAGAGCAGGGUCCCAGACUGCCAGUUGUGUUCAGUUUGUUGAAAUACUGUGUCUGCCCGUUCCCAGUGUGAAGAAUAGGAUGCAAGUGUCGGUGGAUGAUUCAUUUGGUUUAGUUAGAUGAUGCCCUUCUCAGCCCCCUUCAUACACAUUUACAGAGCUGCCUUUGUUCUUUUCCAUGAGGGCAAAGAGAAGGGAAUUCCGUUCAGCAGAACCAUAUAUAUACCUGUAUGUGCAGUAUGCCUAUA